AUGGGCGAGGGCUCUAAGAAGCGCGGACAGAUGAGUGCCGAGGCGGCCAUUAUCAGGGACGCCAAGGACCGCCGACAGCGUUCUGCCAAGCUGAAUUUCGCUUCGGUGUCCGAGCGCUUCGAGGGCGACGAACAGUUCAGGCUGAGGAUGAUGCAGGAAGGCCGUAGCUUGGAAGAUAUGCAGAAGUUUGACCAUCUCUCUUCCGCUGUCCUUCCGGACCCUGGUCGCUCCGAGGAGCAGCGCCACCUUCGUGCUGGUGCACAUAACUCUUCUGGAGGAGCGGCGUCGGGAACCGCACCGGCCAAGCUGGUCUUCUUCGCCCACUGCGAAGUGGAGCCUUUGCGAUCCCUGCGGCUCAUCGACACAACCACCGAUGUGCCGAUCGGGAUCACGUAUAUGGGCGCUUUCCUCACGCCGAGGCUAUUCGCCGAGAUCGCGGCAGUGAACCAAGCCGCCAGGCGCAUCCUUACCUUUGACGGCGAGGUUCGGGUGGACUCCGAAACGGUGGAGGGGAUCAUCGGCGAGUUGGCCCAGAUCAUCAACGACAGCCAGUACAGUGCUGAGGGCCAAACUCAGGAAACGGAGCGUCUGGCUGAGCAGAACCGCCAAAUCGCGGCUCGCAACCGCUACUCCCAAACGCGCCAGACAGAUCCUCUCUACCGCGGGUAUACUCAAGCCCAAUGGGACGAGUAUUACCGUCAGCGUCGCGGCCAAUUUUCGCAAGCCGAGUGGGACGCAUGGAACCGCUCCCACGGGUGUUGA